CGCCCCCGCGCCAGGUCGCCUUGGCCGCCCGGAGCCGCGCGGCCGGGGCUGGAGGGGCAGCGCCUGGCUCCCGGCCCGCGCCUGCCCCUGCCCCUGCCCCCGCCGCGGCACCUCGGCCGGGCUGCGCCCGGGGCUUGGAGCAGGUGGUGUCGGUUCCGCCGCGGCUCGUCUGCAGGCCCGGCCCUGCCUGGCCCGAGGGGCUGCGCCUGUUGGGAGCAGUAAUCCCCGGUCGCUUCCAGGAGCCCCCGAGCAGGGCCCGGGCUGCGCAGCCCCUCGGCGCCGGUCCCUGCCCGCAGCACAACAAUGAGUGCAGGCUCCAUUGAGCAAGAGCCGUCACGCAAGCUGGCCUGCUGCGGGGUGCCCCUCAUCACUGAGGAUAUGCAGUCUCUGGCCAUCCGCACCCUCUCGGGCACUGACAUCAACAAGCACUAUGAUCUCAUCCGCGAGCUUGGCAAGGGCACCUAUGGCAAAGUGGAUCUCGUGUCCCACAAAAGCACAGGCACCAAGAUGGCACUGAAGUUUGUGAACAAGAGUAAGACGAAGCUGAAGAACUUCUUGCGGGAAUUCAGCAUCACCAACACACUCUCCUCCAGCCCGUUCAUCAUUAAGGUCUUUGAUGUAGUCUUUGAGACUGAGGAGUGCUAUGUCUUCGCUCAGGAGUACGCACCUGGAGGGGACCUCUUUGACAUCAUCCCACCACAGGUGGGUCUCCCUGAGGACAUGGUGAAGCGCUGUGUGCAGCAGCUGGGCCUGGCCCUGGACUACAUGCACAGCAAGAAUCUGGUGCACCGGGACAUUAAGCCUGAGAAUGUGCUGCUCUUUGACCGUGACUGCCGCCGGGUCAAGCUAGCUGACUUUGGCAUGACACGCAAGGUGGGCUGUCGGGUGAAGCGCAUCAGUGGCACCAUCCCCUACACAGCGCCCGAGGUCUGCCAGGCCGGCCGGGCUGAGGGCUUCACUGUGGACAUGAGCAUUGAUGUGUGGGCCUUUGGCGUGCUCAUCUUUUGUGUCCUGACUGGCAACUUUCCCUGGGAGGCAGCCUCCGCCACGGACACUUUCUUUGAGGAGUUUGUGCGGUGGCAGAAGGGGCGUCUGGCCGGCCUGCCCUCCCAGUGGAGGCGCUUCACAGACAAUGCCUUGCGCAUGUUCCAACGCCUCCUGGCCCUGGACCCCGAGAAACGCUGCCCUGUCAAGGAGGUCUUCUACUUCAUCAAAUAUGACCUGAUGUCAGAGGUGCGCCGCAGGCCCUCCUACCGCUCCCGCAAACAUGCUGGUGACAAGCUCUCAUCUGGCUCUCACCGCCAUGAGACACCCAGCUCCUGUACCCCCACCCCACUCAAGAGGACCAUCCUGACGGAAGGCAGUGGCCCUCGGCUCUCCACCUCAGAGCCAGGCCUGUCCUCCCCAGGGGGAACAGGGAGGACAGAUGGGCGGCAAGACAAAGGCAAAGGGCAGAUGGUCCUGGCCACAGCAAUAGAGAUUUGCGUUUGAUGAGAGGUGGCAGGAAGGGGGGGGGGUCACAGUCCUCAUGGCAUGGCUCUGCUCUGUACAGCCUGCAAACAUGAUGUCAGUCCCACUGCCUCCCACCCCUCUGGCAAAGAGGGAUGGGGGAGGGAAUUCCUUUUAUAUUAGGGACCAGGAUCCAUGUCUCCCAAAGCAAAAAAACAAACAAAAAACCUGACAAUAACUUAAUAAUACUAAGGAUGCUACAUAUAUCCAUCCACUGUAGGUAAGGCCAGAGUGUAGACUUGGACACUGGGGGCUGGGAGCCCAACAGAGGGGCCGUGGACUGGCUGCCAGGAAGGACCAUGAACAGCCUGGUGGCUCAGAGCUCCCUCCUCCUCAUGCCAUCCGCAACUAAAAUGGGGGCUACUUCCCUGCGUUCUCCACACCACACGUGCCCUUCCUCUGCUGGGCUGACAGAGCACGGGAGACCCAACAGAGUCCUACUGUUUCUGGGGGUGCGUGGGACCUUUCACCAAAACAAUAAUCAAAAUGAGAGCAGGGGGAGAACAAGAGGGUGGGACAGAAGUGGGAGGGAGGGAAACGGCAUUGGGUCUUGGGCGUGUGGUCUGGCAUCAUCGUGCAGGCAGCUGGGGCUUAUAGAGGGUGGGGAGCAGAGUGGGGUGGAGCUGCAGCAAACCUGGGAUUCUUUAGGUUGCCAAGGGCACCUGUCAUGGUCAGGGCUUGAUACGCAAAUUGGGCAUUCUCCCUGCCCUGUAAAUCGUGUACUGACCAUGGUUAGAAAUCUGGGCUCAGGUCAGGGCUUAACUACAGACUUGGCACACAGGGAAUGACGGCAGCUUGGCAUCCCACACCUGCCCUCACUCUUGUUGGCUCCCUUCCUGCACUGGCUCAGUCUCCAAGACCCCUGUGUGAUUCCCUCAUUUGGGGUGGCUAGAGAGGUGGACAUGUGGGAUGGGGGAAAAGAAAGCAUCCCAGAAGGGAGGGAAAGCUGAUGACCCCAGGACAUGGGAGAGGCUUUCCAGGAGGUGGGGGUGUUUAGCAGUCUCUGUUGUUUAAGAGCUGGGCCUGGGUGUACCUCUUGCACCUACCCAUGCACUCUCACUGCCAUCCUGGCUCUUAUUUGAGGGGGUCCAUAAUGGAUGGCAGGAGAUAAGGAGGAAGCAAAUAAGCCUGGUGGAUCCUGUCUGAAAUGAGAAGGUGGACGUGGUAUCCAGUGAGCUGGCCCUGGCCCAGACAAGGCCUCUCCCACAGCUAUUCUAGGGCUGGGCUUGGGCAGCCCCAGCUCUUGCUGCUCCCCUCCCUGCCAAGGGAUUCUGGGAUAGCUUCCUGCUGCACAGGACUCUGCUCUGAACCGAUCGGGGAAGCACUCAGUGCCCACCAAUGUAGCAAGUGUCGUGUUCCUAUGUGUCUGUGUGCACUGGGUCUGUUGUGCCCAGCUGGCAUGUCGCCAGCACCCUACAGGGGAGCAUCCUUUGUCUCAAGCCCCUGUGGGCAACUUGGGAACCAGGCCCCAAUUUGGGGAACAGGUCAAGGCGGACAAAGGCUGAUACCUUGUAAGGGACACUGAUAUGAACCUGUCCUAUCUUCACUGGAGGGACAUGGGCAGCUGGGGAGACGCUGCUUCAGUAUGUUCCUUGAUGGCUGUAGUGGUAAGACAUUUUAUUGGUGAUCAGUGCCAGGCCAUCUCUAUUUAGAGUGGAUGCACCACAGGGGUGGGCAAAAUGCGGCCUGUGGGCCAGAUGUGACCUGCCAAGCUAUUCUAUCCAGCCUGCAGGGCCCCUAAAAUUUUUAGAAAAUUAAUAUUUAUCUGCCCUGGGCUGCCUGUCAUGCGGCCCUUGAUGGUUUGCCAAAACUCAGUAAGCAGCCCUCCACCCAAAAUAAUUGCCCCCCUGAUGUAUCAGGAUAAGGGGUGGUUACAGACCCUGAUGAAGGUUUGGCCUUACACUAGCUUCCUGGGCUAGAAGACCCUUGCUGGUUUUGAGGGGACUGCCCCUCUGGAAGAGGUGAACCCAAGUGGUUCUGUAAAUGACAUCAGACCAGAGCAAGCCAUCUUGGUGGGGUUCCCACAGCAAUCCAUAGGCAUUGGCAUGGGGGUUAGUACAGCCAAACUUGCCUGCAUGGGAUCCUCAAAUGGACCAAUGUCGAAUUUGCAAAAAAAAUUGCAUCAACAUUUCAGGCUGGGCUGCAUAUAUCUGCAUACCCAGUGACUGUAAACAAAGCUACUUGUCAUUUCUGCCUUCAGGCCUGCUUUGGCAGCUUCUGAAGAACCUUGGAGAGGACAGCUCAAGCAUCUCCAGAGGUCCCUGGUCCUCCAACCAUCCCCCACCUCUCUGUCUUUGCUGUUACCCUUCCUAACCCAAGUACCCUCUUGCCCCUCUUAGUCAUCCCUUUGACAAUAUACUCUUUACAUAAGGAAUAGAUGAGGGUAGGGGGGACCCAUACUCCCUCAACCUUCUGGCACCGUAGCACUCUAAGGAGGCAGACCUCUCCCCAACCCUAGUGUAAGGAGGGAAAACUAAUAAGCAUCUUGCUGGUUGCCAUGACAAACUGGAGGCAGUAGAACAGUAAAGGGUGAUAGGAAAGAGCAGGAAGCCAGUGGCUCUGGCAGGUAUGGUGGGAUCCAUGCACAGAUGAGCUUUGGGUGACACAUAGUAGAGGCCAGGGCUAGGAAAGGGGACAUAUAAGGCUGGAUGGGGCUGCAGGGAGAUAACUGCAAAGCAGGAGGCUGUGCUGGGUGAGCACUGCUGCUCUGGGGCACUUCAGCUUGAUCCAACCACAUGAAGCCACUAGGCAGCUUCUGGCCCAGGUCUGGCUGCCCUUCCAGGUCUGUGGUGGGGCCCAGCACAGCACUGUCUGCUGCAGUUGCCUCACAUAAUAGGGAUUCUGCUUGGAAGCCCUGCCCAUGCCCAUAGAAGCUUCAGGGAGAAGCUAUCAGUUAGGGAUGUGGGCAUAUCUAGAUCAGUAGCUGUAGGUAUUUGGGUAACCAAAAUUGGAAACAGGGUGUGAAAGCAACCCCCUGAGAGAGUCACUUUGCUUUCAUAGUCACAAGGUUAAUGGCCCUGGGUGUGUACAGGCCCCUUAUUCCCCUACCAUGAGAGAGAAGGUGAGACCUGUGCUCCCUUCCUUGCUCUCAGCCCAUAUGUUUACAUGCAGCCCUGCUGCUGCUCUGCUGCUACUUGCAUGGCUGCAAAGGGAUGGUGGUUCCAUCUGGCUCCUUGGUAAUGGCAAAGCCCCAGUGGAGAUUGUCCUUAUGGAGUUUAUCAGUGGAGUAGCUUCACACCUGUGUAGGCAAGUGUGUACAUGUGUUAGACAUGCAAUGCACAUAUGGGAGUGAGAUGUGUAAGGCAUGUGUCAUCACUCAUGCACAUGUGGGCAUCUGUGUGUGAGCUCCCAAAUCUUGAAUCUGAGGCCAGAGUGACCUCUAUUUGGAUGAGCAGAUGAAGGGCAAUCCUCAGAGGUGACCUGAGUAGGGUGCAGGGCCUGGGGCAAAUCAGCCUGUGCGGGGCCCCGCCCCCAGAUGCGAGGAAGGUGGCGGCUGAUUCUGUGGGGGGAGGGCCAAGCAGCCGGAGGUGCCAGAUUCGGCAGCGGAUUUGGCAGGAGGAGGGAUGCCGAGAGGUUGGACGUGAAGCAGGCAGCAGCCCAGUGUUGCCACACCUCUCUGCCUGGCUCCGCAGGACCCCCCAAAGCGCAGGGCCCGGAGUGGUUGCCCCGAUUCGCCCCUCCAAGGGAUGGCCUUAGCAAUCCCCAUGGAACCUGCCUGGAUAAUGGGGCGAGGGGAGUGUUGCUGUGGCUAUGCUCAAAGAGGGACAUCCAGCACUGGAGGUGGAUUGGACAGAUGUGUGCUUGUGCUCUAGAUCUGGGAAAGGCCUGUGGGAGUGAGAGCUGUUCAUUGGGAUGUGCCUGUGCAGGGAAGCCAGCCCUUCCCAUGUCUUUCAGGAGCAUUAUCUGCCUGUGUGUGGGGCUCUGGCUUUCCCUGGGAAUAGGACAUGCAGGGAGUUGCCACUCCAGACUGCUGUCUCCCAACUCCUUCCCUGACCUGAGGCUUCAGAGGGGCAGGGUGCUGAACUCUUUCCUUGCUCACUACCCUAAUCAGGCACAUGCACCAAAGGGAUCCUGUUGGAUCAGGGACUAAAAAUCGAGGCCAGGCAAGUAAGUUCAGUCACCUCUGUGACCGUUACUGAUCUGACAUGUUCCUUCGUCCUUCCCUCUGCCUUACACUACAGGAUUUGCCUUCAUGGCGACUUUUCCUCAGGGGGUUGAUGCUCUGAGGUAAGCCACCAGGUUGGUUUAACUUGGGUAUAAGUUGCCAGACUUGAGUGCGUCUACUUGAGUGGGUCCAUACUAGUGCUGCAUUGCUCCCUGCAUGUCACCAGGACCUCUGGGGGCCUGUCCCAUUGUUCUUAUAUCUGCCAGGAGUUGAGCCACUUCUAGGCAUGAGUUGGGGAAGAACUUGGUCUCUCUGGGGCUGGGUAACUGUGGAAAUGUGCCAGAGGACCCUUCAUGUUGGCAUCUUCAUAAUAUAGUAUAGGUUUAAACACAUUAGGCUUUAGCUCAGACAGGCCAGCUAGCCAGGGGGUAAAGCGGUAUAAUAUUAGGGUCACAAAUCUUGUGUGUGGACAGGAGUCACUCAGAGUGAGGGCCUGGGCUAACUGCAGUAAAGAGAAGUCCUCUCUGUACAACUGGCUCUGCAUGUCCCUAGUGGCUUGUGAUGUGGGUACUGAGUGUCCUUCCACCUGUCCUAGCUCUGUCAGGGUCAGCCCCACCAGCACUGCUGGCUGUGGGUUGCCCUAAUGAGGACUUGAUUGGCUUAAGGCUAUGCUCAGCCUGUCCACAGCAGCCUGUGUUCCCUCAAGAGCUGUAGAGAUGACUACUGCAAGGGAGUGGAUUGAAGCAGCUCAGAGUAGGCUAACUUAGUCACUGCAUAGGUUGGUGCCCCCACCAUCCCCACCUCCCUCUGAUCUGGACUCUGGGCACAGUGUCUCCCUCCUGGACUCUGAAACUUACCAUACAAAGGGCUAUAAUGCUACUAAGAAGCAACAGCAGUUUACAAACAGAUGCAGGGCAGGCGACUGGCCACAGUCCAAACCCCACACCCAGUACACGGGGGCAUGCCCAGCAGCCUUUUCCACUGGAUCCUAGUGGAAAGCAAGGGUGCAUCUCUUGUAUAACCAUCACUAAUCAUAGCACACACUCAGCCCCAGCCUCUGUCCCCCAGCCUGCUGAAACAUUGGUAGCAACUGUCAAUGACCUCUGGGUAUGGGAUCCAAGGGGACCUGGUAUGACUGACCGUUGCUCUGUCCCUAGUUGGACUGAUCCAACCAAAUGAAUAUCUGUCCCUGGUGAGAAAGGAACAGCAUCCAAGAUGCUCCUCUCCUACCCUUCAGACUAGCAUCUGCUGACCACCAUAUCUCUGACCUCUUUGGUGUCACUGGCCCCAGCAGUUCCUCCUUCCCUCCCUCCCUCCCUAAUGUGAUUGCCCCACCCCGUCUCCACAGUCCACGUCUGGGUGUUUUAGGUGAAUGGAAGUCAUUCACCUCUCUUGGUGUCACCCCACUGUGCUCUGGGGUAUCCAGGGCUAAUGGUUUUUUUAGAGGUAGCAUUGCACAGACUUAGAUAUUUUAGCCGCAAUUUCUCCUUUUUGCCUUAGGCCCCUCAAUGUCCUCGAUCUUUCGUGCAAUAAUGUAGAUAAGGAAUUAAAACCACCACAUAGACCUUUUUAAUUUUUCUGGUCAGUUAUUUUGUUUUCAGGGGUGUGUGUGUGUGUGUGAUAUUUUUCCAUUGAGGUUGUUGUUGUUGUUAGGCUGUUGGGGUUUUUUUUAAAUUCCCUUGGCUGUCGGGUUUCAGACCUUUUCCCUGUAGGAGAGGUUAUAGUGUUACAGAUGUUACCUCAGUUUCUGUCACUGUUGAAAAGAAAAAAAACCCCAUUAAAAUGACAAAAAAACAACAAAAAUAUAUAAAAGCAAAAAAUCUUGAUGGCAGAGAGCCUUUUUUUAAAAAAAAUAAAAAGUGAUUUCCUGUUGUGACAAUGCAGUGGUGCUUCCCCCGGGAGUGUUGUGUUUGUUCUCUCCUAUUCAGAAGAAAACUUUCCUCUAGCAAAAAAAGAAAUAAUCAGCUUUCCACAAGGUCUGGCUUUUGCUUUCAGAACCUGCUGAUCCCUUGGGCUGGUUGAAAGGCCAGGACCUGAGUUUAUUUGUCUUUUGCAAACAUUUUAUUUUUCCAGGCAAAUGUGAAAUGUCAACCAAAAAUGUGUCAUCUCUUGGCCAGUUCUGAUAACCUCACUUUGUUGCAUCAUUCAAAGGACAUGGUAAAGUAUGAACAUGUGCACAUUUAGAAGUAGUAAGUGUCUGUUGUGUGCAACAUUACUAGGGAAGCUGGUUUAGGUCCCAGAUCCUUCUGGGGCAGUGGCACAGGGAACCCAGGCUUUCUUCACUUGAGCUGAAGAAGAGUAUUCUCAUCUGCCAAUAGCAGGUAGUCCCAUAUCUCCUUAGUGGCCUUGCUGCAGCUCUCUCUUCACAAAGCCAGUGCAAUAUAGAGGAGGAUUGCUGAUGUGAUGGCUGUGAGGGACUCCAGGUGGGGGGCACAUGGCCUCCCAUGACUCAGUGCAAAAAACCAGGAGUUUGCUCUGUUUUUUUGUUGAGGUGAAAGGUUGGCUGUCAUAACUGAGGCAACUGAGCCAGAAGAAACCUGUAAAGGGCAAAUAGCCAAAUGAUCCAGAUUGGCCAUCCAGCUGUAGGGCUCUCCUGACCAACUUUCUGCUCAGAUUCUCAGCCCUCCUCAAAAUACCCCCGCAGGCUUUCCCCUUGGUUCUUUUGCUCCUUUCCAGCCAGACCUCCAGUAGGUGAGACCUGGCUCACGUAACUGCUAAGGUCACAGAGUGAUGCAUGGCCCACCUCUCCCAGUGCCCUGCCUGAUGAAGUCUCAGCUGCUUCAGUGUAAGGUGUUGGUCCCCUCCACUGCAACACCCCUGGCAGGGCAAUCCUGUCUCUUGGGAUAGGCCCACCUUGACACCAACUAACGCCACAAGGUAUAAGGCCUGGGAUCCCACUGUUGAAAAGGGUUUGCAGGGAGAUAGCAGUUUCCCAGAAAAUCAUUCUGCCAAGCCAGCACACUUUGUCCUGCCUUAGUAAUGGUGACCAAGCAAAUGCCCUAUCACCCCCUUCCUGACCUGUGGUACAGCCUUUAAUACGGUGCUAUAACAACACGCAGGAGGCCUUGGCUUCCACCCUAAACAACACCAUGGUGAUGAGUGACUCUCCUCCUGAUCCUUUCGGCAGUUCUGUCCACCUGUCCCUGGGAUCCUGUCAGUACUCCUGGGUGGUGGGGUGCUUCCCUAAGGCGAACCAUCUCUAGAACAGAAAUGUGGCCAGGCCUCUCCCAAGAGCAGGCUGUCUCUGGAGAUGACUCCCUUACACCUGCAUGAGACCGCAGCAGCAGUGCUGUGGAAAUGUCCUGGGUGGAGCCAUCUCAGCUCGGCACAUAGGUAGUGAUCUUCAGCAGGUUGAAGCAUUUAGGACAGAAGUUCACGACAUCAUUAGUUAUUUGAUCAGCAUCUGAUAAGCAAAUCUGCACUGAAGCCUGCAGACAUCACCAGACAUUCAACAUGCUAGCAACCGACCCAGAAAAUUCAGAGAGCUAUUAUUGAGGCCUCUGCCUUGCUCCUAUUGAAGUCAGUUGGAAUUUGGUCAUUGGCCUGAGUGGGAGCUGGGUUAGUUGCAUACAUUGGUUAAAGGCACACAAAUCGCUGUCAAGGACUGAUAAAUGCAGAGAGAUUGAAGGAUAGUUUAGUUGUAAAGGCUCAAUAGCCUUCCCUUUUCUUCCCAAAGGAAUCAGUUGUCUACAGCAGCAUCAGUGCAGAAAGGAAUCUUUUUGUUAAUCUCCUCCCCGAUGAAGCAUCACUGCAUCCCUUGGUUGUGUUGUGACUUAGCGUUGUGAACUGGUCAGGUGAAUAAGCUCUGUUCUUGCACUGUCCACCUGCAGAGGGGUCUUGAAGGAAUGAAGAGUAACUAAAAACUACUGUUGUUCAACUCCUUCCAACCCCUCCCGGAGCAGGGAAACCAGGCAAACAGCAAAAAUAAAAUGAGAACAAGAUGUGUCUGUAAA